AUGAAGAAACACUCGACCACUAAACGUCGACACGUACCCCCUCUCCAGCUGCUCGACGAACUUUACCAGGCUCUUGGGGAAAGCGUCGAGCACGGGAUACGCGGGGUUGCCGAAGUUUGUGGAGUGGAGGGAUUCGACGGAUGUCUUGAGCUUCUCGAGCAUUCCGGGGACCUCGUGGGUGAAGUGUUUUUGCGUGGACAGGUGGGAGAGGAGGGUGGUGAGAUGGGAGUGGAUGGACUGGAGUUGGGAGGGGUAUUGGGAGGAGGAGGGAGAUGUUUGGGAGGUCAUGGGAGACGCGAGGGAUUUGGCGGAGACGUCUGCUACUUUGUCUCCAUGUAG